GACAUCUGGCGGCGUUCGUUGCGUUCUGUCAUUGUCUUUUGAAGUUUAGUGAAUGAUGGGUGUAAAAUGUCAACAUUUGUUUAUCUCGAAGGAAUUUCGUUUGUAAAUGUGCGUGAGAUGCGUGAAAAAGUGAGUUAUUUAGAAUGGGCGGGUGUAUAGGAAUAACCCGUAGCAGAAGCGGUCAAAUAGACGAUUCUUCGGGGUCAGUUUCGAGGCCUAAUUCAGGCAGCAACCGCAAGAACCACCCGCUGUGCCACGAGGCGAUACGCUGGAAGUCGGACGUACCGCUGACGGAGGGCCAGCUGCGCAGCAAGCGCGACGAGUUCUGGGACACGGCGCCGGCCUUCGAGGGCCGCAAGGAGAUCUGGGACGCGCUGCGCGCCGCCUCCGUGGCCGCCGAGGCGGCCGACUACGAGCUGGCGCAGGCGAUCCUCGACGGCGCCGGCGCGUCCGUCCCGAACGGCUACCUGACCGAGUGCUACGACGAGCUGGGCGCGCGCUACCAGGUGCCCAUCUACUGCCUCUCGUACCCCAUCAACAUCGUCAAGGACGACGGCGGCAGGGAUUCCCCCGCCGAGUGCUCCGAGCCGGUCGACGGCGGCACCGAGACGCUCUUGAAGCUGCGCCUGUCGCACUCCUGCUCGGACGUUAAGUUGUCGGUGUAUUCCACGGACACGAUUAGUAUGUGCAAAAAGAAACUGCAGAGUCAAGAGGGAAUCGAAUCCUCGAGGCAGCGGUGGUUUUAUGGGGGUAAACUUUUGGGGGACAAGCUUCACGUGGAAGAGGCAAAAAUACCCAACGGUUACGUCGUACAAGUGAUUGUUAAUACGGAAAACUCGCCCGUCAUGAAAAAAGCCUUAUGAGUCAAAUUUUCGCUUGUAGUUUAUAGAUUAAAUCAACAACUACGCAAUUUCGACCAAAACAAAAAACCAUUGUGUGAUUUUACUGUCCGAGCAAUCGUCCACUUCAACUAUAAUCGAAUUUUGCCUGCUUAAACCGAAAUUUUUAGGAAUCGCUCAGGAACAA